UACCCGGUGGCAAACCCAAGACCACCCUGCAUCACGCCAAUUUUACAAUUUCACAUUGCUCACAAAGGACAAUUUUCAACACUCAUGUGACUCUGGUGGAGAUGGACUUAUUGUUUCCAGAAACGUACACAGAAAUUGUCUUUCAAUCCCACAUAGCGUGUUUGUGGUUUGUCUGACUAUCUGUUGCGCAAAGUAGAGCCCAAUUAGUGCAUCGACUUUCAUUUAAAACCACAACAUGUCAGUAUAAUGAUUUUUAUGUGAUGAAUUGCAGGCUGGCAAACGUUGCGUGGGGUCUUUUGCCAUAAGUUGUGUUCAUCUAGUUCAUGAUUUCAGUCAAAUUUAAGAAGCAAAAUACACAGUUACGCAGUAGAGACUUGGAACACAGUCUCUGAACCAUUGCGCAAAAGGUGACAGUGUUAUUUUUGUGCACAUGCGGUGCACAAUGUGUCCACAUCAGCCACCAGAAGCAAACAAAUACGCAAUUACGCAGUAGAGACUUGGAACACUGUAUUGGAAACAUUGUGCGAAAGGUGACAGUGUUAUUUAUGUGUAUAUUUGGUGCAAAGUGUGUCCACAUCAGCCUGCAGGAUGCUGUGCAGUUAUAUUAGAAAUGACCCAAAGUGUGCAUUAUUAUCCAAAUGAUCACGAUUCUCUGCAUAUUAACACAAACAUCUCUCUUCUUCUCUGAGAGGACUGUAAAUCAGACAAAGGAGAAUUUACCAAUAGGAGGCCAAAUUGAAGGCGUGUGUAUGUGUGCGCGCGCAUUUGUGCCUGAGCGCGCACGUGUUUAAAUCAAUGCGCCACGCUUCAGUGCGUCCCUGUGGAGGGGAUAAGUGGGAGUGGGAGAGGAGAGAGACGACAGUGCGGAGGAAGAUUCAGUCGGAUAAGUAAGUCGCCACCAACAACCGAGAGGGCUUCGCUUUACCGAGGUCCGCUGCACCUGCUGCAACUUGCUGCCACGCGGAGCCAACAUCCUCCUCCAUGUCCGGCGGUUUAACGAUGGAUCACACUUUCCUGCCUCGGUCCAUCUGGACCGGUGACAGUAAAUUCCUCCAGCAUCCAGCGGAUCUCUACACCAGUGUGGUCGUUACGCGCAGCAUCCCUGCAGGCACGUGCUUUGGUCCAUGUGUUCUCCACAACACUUUCUACGAUACCAUCGCCUUCAUAGCGCAGAAAUCUUGCGACAAGAGAGCCAAAUCCUACGUGUUCAGGGUCGACCCUGAGGCCAUGCGUAAUUCUGCCCUGGUGCUGUCCUGGUUGCGGAUCGUCCAGGCUGCGUGCAACAGACAGGAACAAAACACAGAGGCCUUUCUGAAAGCGGGUCAGCUGUAUGUGCGGACCACCAGAGACAUCAAGCAGGAGGAGGAGCUGCUGGUGUGGUAUGACCAGGAGCUGUCUCACCUACUGGGCUUCACAGACAUGAGCAAAGGAUCAAAAGAAGAAUUCAAAUGUGGACGUUGUAGUCAGGUCUUCAAAAAUGAAUAUCCUUUCCUGGCUCACUGCCGAUUCAUGUGUACUCAAGUAAAGAGUGACACUUGGAGCCGCGAGGUUUACGAGCACAAACACGUGGAGAUUAAGAGGCAGCACAAAGUGACAGAUUUCCACAACAUCGCCAGAGAUUUGGAACACAAAAAAUCUGGCAGCAACGAGGACGCCGAGAUUUCCCCCAAGAGGAGGAAAUACGAGGAAACUCUUUACCCCAAAUGGCGAAAAACUGUUCUGUUAGAAAAAACUAAUAUUUCUAAUGAUGACAAUAUUACGCAACUGAUUAAGGGCCACGACCAGGCAGCAGGAGACGCCUCUUCCUCAGAGGGGAAACCAAAAGCUGAUAAAAUCAAACUGGAUCAUUUGGGACGUAAAACCGAUGAUUUUGCAGAAGAUGGAGAUGCCGAGGGGAGUUUUACGCACGACAGAGAGACGGGCGUGCGCUCGGAGACUGGAGAGAGCUCUGGUGUGCGCUCAAGCAGCAGCAGCAGCGCGUUUUCUCUGGUCCUAUCCAACAGCCAGGGGGAGCAGAAAAGCGCUUUCUGUAAACCAAGUAAAAGAACUUCUCCCGCUGACCCUCAGGCGCAUCUGAGCAGCGCUUCAACAGCCCCCUCUAGCCGCCUGGAGGAGAUGACUGAUGCUUUCACCUCCAGGACUGUUCUGGGAUACAACAAUCUGAUGACAUCCAACAUCCUGAGCGGUGACUUACAGACCGUGCCCUCUCCGGUUGCGCUAAACAACGCUUUCCAUUACGCACCGGAGCACUGGUCCAGAAACAUUGGCGCGCAGCUGCAGACCCCAUCUUCUCUCACGAUCCUCCCGCCGACUUUCACUUCAUUCGGCGUGUCGGUGCAGAACUGGUGCGCCAAAUGCAACUUGUCCUUCCGCAUGACCUCAGACCUCGUUUUCCACAUGCGCUCUCACCACAAGAAGGAGUUCGCGGCGGAGUCUCAGGUGAGGAGGAGGAGGGAGGAGAAACUCACCUGCCCGAUCUGCCACGAAUACUUCCGAGAGCGGCACCACCUGUCCAGACAUAUGACUUCUCAUAACUGAGCCACAAGAGACAAAAAAAUAAACAGACUCUAUUUAUUUCUUAAAGGAUGUUCGUAUUUAACAAUAUUAGUCUCCAAAAUCCUCGCUGAGACUUUGGUGUUGAAUGUAGGUUAGCUGUAAAAUAGCAACUCCUGGCCGCCACAGCCUGUCCACUAGAUGACGAUAGAGGUGCGUGUAAAGCUGAGCUCACUGCAGUUUGUUGUCUGUCCUUUUAGCGCUGUAUGUUAAGUUGAUGAUUAUUUUGUGCCUUAUGGAACUCAGGAGGGGAAAAGACGGAGAGAUCUGGAGGACAGCUCACGAUUGUCAGAAAUAUCUCGACGCAAUCCUCUUAUUUAUCAGCUUUUCUCUGCUCUGAUUUGUACAGGAGACAAUAGAUUGAGUGUGUUUGCACAUUGGUUUUGAAAUCUAAAAUUAUGAGAGUAAAACAAACGUGUCGAGUAUUUCUUUCCCCACUUUUGUGAUGCUUUGUGGGUGUAAUUUUUUUUUUCUGGCCCAACAGGCGGCGACUGAGACAAACUUUUUCCUCCCCUUUAAAGCAUUGGACAUAUGAAAUAUCUAUCAAAUAUGUUUGCUUUCUUUAGUCUGCCCAAAAUGACACCAGGAUUAUAUGAUUUGCAGAAAAAGUGAACAGGUUAUACUGCUCUCAACUUCACAAUGUAAGACAAAAUUAGUUGUUUAAAAUGCAAAUCCAUAUAAUAUUUGUGGGGCAUUUGAGAUCAGGCAUUGACAGACUCAUUUGCAGGCUACCUCAUCAAGUUUAAAUGGUUUUGUUGUUUAUCAUUUAUCUACAGACCUGCCACACAAGCUUCACUACUUUGAAUUUGCAAUUUUAUGUCUCUCCACCGAAUCACGGACAGCUUACUUUUCAUUAGGUUAAGCUGUGGACAGAUGGGCAAAAAUAGCCAGUUCUGUUGCAGGUAAAUGAGGCGGGACAAAAGCAUGAAAUUCAUGGAAAAGUCAGGCUGAAACCUUGUUCUGUAGCUGUGUAACAUAACCCUCCUCACACUAUUGUCUACUUUUAGUUAAAUAAGACAGUUUAUCCUCUCAGUGUCUUUGUGCCACAAACUGAUAAGGGCAUCAACAGGUGCCUUUUUUUGGAAAUAGACAGAUUUACUUCAUGGAUGUUUUGUUUGGGAUUAUGAUAAACUGGAGAGCAUCACUGAUGUGUUUUAUAACUGUGGCUGAAAUCUACACAAGACAUUAUUGUUCAGCACUUACCUUUUGGUAGACCAAACAAGAUUGGUUUCCGUCCUCAAAUGGAUUUCUUGGCUGGAAUAAAGUUCAAAAAGUUAUUUGGAAACCGCAGAAGGUAGAUUACUUUCCUCUUUUUACAGUUUCUAAAGAAAAAAACAAGAUUUUUAAAUAAAAAAAACCGGUGGCCCAUAUGAUUAAAUGGGUGAUUAAGGGACACAGUGACACUCUACUAAAGCCACGUCCUAAUGAACGCAGCUAUUACUUCUCUGAGCUCAGUCGCCAUGUGAGGAAAGCCAUUUCAGCCCAGACACAGAAAAUCCUCUGUUGUCUAAUAAUGGCUGUAUUUCUCUCCUUUAAUUGAACAGUCAUCGUGUGGAAAAACAAAUAUUGUUCUUGGUUCCCCCACUUGCCUCGUUUUGGCUUUUAGGCAUUUUGGGCUCUGAAUGCGAGCCUAGACUACUGUGGUUUUCUCGGCUGGAACUGACCAUUGUAAGUACUCUCCUGUGACCGUGAUUGUGGUUGACGUGGGGUUCACUCUAAUAGCAGACUGUGAGUUCAGACUGUAAAGGGGAUCAGUUAGGAAAUGAGCAAAAAAAAGAAAAAAGAAAUGAACCUGGAUGUGUUCAUUACAGUUUGGCCAGCCUACUUUAAAGGUAAAGCAGCUAUUAAUGUAAACAUGAUUUAUAAUAACCCUAAUUACAGUUAUUAUAAUUUAAAUGGAGGUUAUAGCCCAUAAAUGGUGCGUUUGUAAAGCGGGUUAGAGUUUCUGAACGUUUCCACUUGUUCAGAAGGGAGAAAAAUGAACUACGUAUUCGGGUAGACAAGGCAUCUCACUCUCCCCACAUCUGUCUCUCUUCGUCAUUCUGAAAUAUGACUUAAAGAUCAGCUUUUUAGGGUUGUGAUACUGCUCAUUAACUUAUCAAUGCAUAUUAAAAUUAAACAGAAGUACCCUUUGUCAGUGAACUCUCAGUUUCUGGCCACUUCUUUAUGAAACAUCAAUUUACUGUUGUUAUAACAAAUGGUAAAAUAGGUUUUGUCUAGAUAAAAUGAUAACAUUUCCCUAUUUGUAUUAUAUUUACUGGUUAACAUACAUAGUUUUCACUUUUUGUAAAAGACGUUUUCAUGUUCCUUUGUUUUAAAACAUUGAAUCAUAGAGGAUUUUAAUAGACUUUUUUGUUUGUUUUACUUAUUAACAGAAAAGUCUUGUGUGAAAGUGAGAACAGAUCUCUACAAAGUGAUCAAACUUGUGUAGAAAUCUAAAAAACAAAUUGCAUGCUUGCAAGGUAAUUCAUCCCUAUAAUAAAAAAAAACACAUAAAUUAUUAGUCUGAUGCACCCUUUGGCUGUAGAAGUCAAAUCAUUGGUUGAAUAGAGACACACUGUGUAGUAAAGGGGUUUAAAUUUGUAGAUAUCUGUUUCCACUUUAACAUUCAUAGGUCUUCUGCUGAUCUGUGUUUAAAAAAAAAAAGCCACAUGAAAUCCAGCAUGCAUGAUUCAUUUGCUGUAAGACAAUGAAACAUAAACUUCCAAACUUUUUAUCAUCUCUGUACAUCUAAUGGACCAAUCAGUCCAGAUCAGAGAGGUGGCACAAUUCAUCUUCCAAGACAACAACUGACUCCUCUCCAUACACAAUGCAUGCACACAAGCCAAAAGACUUGAAACAUUACUCUCAGCUGCAGUAAAUACUGUAACUGUUCAGUCUUUUGUUCCUCUCCUCCCCCCACGUGGUUGCUAAAUGUCUCUGUCUUUGAGACAAAGUUACUGUCCAGUCGUGGCAAACUUCAAAGCGUUCUGUUGUUGCAAACAGAUGUGGUGCUUCGUGCCAACUUUCUGAGACUCGAGGCAAAAACAACCGCAGAGUCAUUGGGUGAAUAAUCAGUUGGUUCCCUCUAUCAUUUCACUGUCAGUUUGACACACUGUUUCGGCACCACAUGGGUCACCUUCAUCCUCGUGAAUAAAAGCGACAUGCAAUAGAGUUAAAGUGGUUGACAUUGUCUAUCUGUGACCAUCUGUUUAAAAAGAACCCUGUGCUUGGAAAAGUUCUGCUUUUGAAUGGGUAGAAAAGGGGAAGUGCACUGUGUUUUGAAGUUGGAGUGGCUGACGUCCUAAUAGGUGAGCGCCUGCUUCCUCCAUCAACCAUUAAUCCACGGCGGCUGCAUCUGUCACAGUAUUUGCUGGACAACAGACGUCUGAGGCUUUGGUGAGGGGUAAUAAUGGGUUCAAGGGGUCUUAGGGGAAUGUUGGUUAUCUCUGAGUGGAACCUUCCUGCUUUUGUACAAAGCCAUUUUGGAACCGUG